GGCAUGGUGAGUGUUUGCGCCGCUAAACGCAUGCAACUGUUCGUUAAAAUUGCAAGACUCGAUUCGCCGGUGGAUAUUCGCGUGUUCACGUUGCGAAAUUAAUUCCCCGGCAUUAAUCACGUCGUUUGUCUCUCACGUGUCAAACGUGAUGUCUCCGCAAAUAUUCCGCCUCGUUCACACAAGUGGCCUGCUCUGGCAGGCCACAAACAAGUCCCUGCUGGCAAAGCUGCGGAAGAAGACUGGCUACACCCUUGCCAACUGCAAGAAAGCUCUGGAGAUGCACGAGAACGACGUGCAGAAGGCUGAAGAGUGGUUGCGGAAACAAGCGCAACAGUAUGGAUGGAUCCAAGCAGCCAAGCUGCAGGAUCGCAGCACCAAACAAGGUCUAAUCACAGUGACAGUGGAUCAGAAUUAUGCAGCUCUGGUGGAGGUCAAUUGUGAAACUGACUUUGUGGCGCGGAACAAGAAAUUCCACAGCCUCGCUGAGACCGUGAUAUCGGCAGUGCUGAGUCACACCAAGAGCCAGGAGCUUCAGAACGAAGUGCAGCGUACUGUGUUCCACAUAGAUGCUCUUAAAACACUCCCAGCAGCCGACGGCAAGAUCUUAAGCGACCACACCGCCUUGGCCAUCGGCGACUUGGGCGAGAACAUCAGUCUGCGGCGCGCACUCGCCGUCAGCGUGCGACCGGACGUCACACUGUUCGGCUGUACGCAUCCGGCGCCCAUGAACCCCGUCCCCGUGUCCUUCGGCAAAUACGGUGCUCUCGUCGCCGUCAAGAGCAAGACAAGUGACGAUAUAUUGGGCGCACAGCUUUGCCAGCAUGUUAUAGGCAUGGACCCGCAGACGAUCGGGAACCCGCGGGUCGACGAGCCACACGACAACACGGAUGAGGAGACCUGUAUGAUCUAUCAAGAGUUCCUGCUGGAUCCUAGUCUUUCAGUGCAGGAACUAUUGGAAAGCGCACAAGCUGAGGUCGUCGAUUUCGCGCGUUUCGAGGUCGGCGAGGAGCUAGACGAAUCUACCUUAGAACCGACACUGGAGAAUGUUCAGACCUGCGGCUGAAGUCGCAGGUGAUUAUCCGUUAUACCGAUUAUCUUCGAUUAUCGUACGUUAAUAUUAAUUUUCACUUGAAUACGCAGCGUGUUCCAACUACUACUAUUGUUCUCAAGAAUGAGAACGACGGAGGACCGAUUCAAAAACCGUAGAUAUUUCCAAAAUUCGGGUAAUCAUUUAGAACAGAAGAAUCUGUCGUAAAUAACACUUCUUAUCGUCAGUGAUAUACAUAUAGAUAUAUAAACUGUAAUAAAAUUUAUUAUAUUCCACAUAAAAAUAAAAAUUCUAUUUAGUUUAGUCUAA